GAAACUUAUGCAGCCGACAAGCACCUGCUUUGAAUUUAUCUUUAUUUACAGCAAAAUUUGACAAAGUUUACGCUAGGCACACACUGUUUCUCAGUUUAAAGGAGUUGGAGAUCCUUCGAUUUUACGUAACAAUUAACUGUACAAGCAAUUCAAUGCAUACCAUUGACUGAUAAUACAAAAGUGCAUGGGGGUGCAUGUACAUAAUUUCUAAAGCCUAAAGAAAACUUUUUUUCCAGAGGAUGAAGUGGUACCACGCUUGAUUGAUGAACUAGUUAAAAUGGAUGAAACUUUAUCAUAUGACCAAGAAGAUGCUCUAGUUAGAGGACAGAUUCCUUUAUAUGAGUUUAGAGAAGUAUUGAAGAAACAAGAUGAGAGUAAAAUAACGACUAUUGACUUCUCAAGGAAUGGCUAUUGUAAUGAUGCUGUACUCAAACUCAUUGCAGCAGAAAAAAAGAAACCAUACGAGAAUUUGAAGACAGUGAAUUUAGUUGGUUGUAUCCUUGUUACAAAUGCUGGCAUCAAAUGGUUAUCUGAUUUAGUUACUGGAGUAACAAGUUUGAAAGAGAUAAGAUUGGACGGGUGUACCAACUUGUCAGAUGAUGAGCUAUCGUUGUUGUUGAAGAACAUAGGAGCAGAAUGUGAGGUUUAUAUGAGGGGAACUUCUGUCACUUAUCUGUUUUCACCAGAGGGCAGGAAAGUUAAUGUUACAGGCUGUCCAACACUCAGUGGAUUAAAAACAUUAGAGGAGUUAAAAGUUGGACAUGCCAUUGUCAUACCUCAUGAAAGUGUGGAACACAGUUUUGUUGAGUUUGUGAAGACAAAGAAACCAGUUAAACGACUCCCAUUCCACCAUGAAACAGACGUAGAGGUCAACGAUUGGUUGAUGUCAUUGACAGAAAUGUCACUUGAACAUCCUUUAUUAGAUUGCAUGAUCAAUAACCACCAAACCCAGAUAGUAAUACCAUUUGGAGAGUCAGCUGUUAUUAAAGAAAUCAAGAAACAUGUAACAGACACUAUUGCAAGAACUAUUACCAAGACUGCCUUUACAACAGAUUAUAUGAAGAAUACAGGCGGAGUAGAGAAAUCUAAUCCUGUGAUAGAUAUAGAAGUUGAAGAUUUUCUGACAGUACAAAAUAUUUGUAAACAACACUACACUGAUGAAGGGAUAUUAGGGAACUAUUGUUAUAAGAAUGAAUUGCUUGGCUGCUUUAUCUCUAGAACGACUUUGACAAGGUCAAAUUACUACUUUGAAUGUGAAUUGGUUGAUGUGAAAGUUAUCAGCCCUGACGGGACUGAAAAAAAGAUUGAUAAUGUAGAUGAAGAUUCAGAAGAUGAUGAUAGCGAGUAUGAGGGUGAAUCCAAAUCAGGCAUUCUUAUUGGCUGUCUGUUUAACCAGUUAUUUAGCAGUAUUAAUCCGUUAGAUGUUGAUGUUGACAAAGGUGGCGAAGUUUCAACAUUUGAUUUCAAUAAAUCUAAGAAGUUUGGAUUUGGUAUCAGAGGAGAGUGGCUAUCAGAGUACAUACCAAGUAGAACUGCAAAGUUCUUUGCUACUUGUGAUGGAAUAGAGAACAAUAAAGACCUUACAGGGACAUCAGUACCAGAAGAAAUGUUAUACCCAUUAAUAGCAGUCAUUGGAGAGAAAAACAAUUCAGGAAAAAUUCAGAUCUGCAACAUGGCAAAACCACCAGAGAUCUUGACUAGAAAAUAUGCCAGCGAGAAUCGCUGGAUCAGUACAGGGUACUCUGAAAACAUACUCAUUGAUAAUUAUGGGGUUAUGUGCAAUAGUUCACCUAAUGAAGAUGAAGGAAUAUUUAUAUCUACGGAGGCUAUUACUCAUGAAUUUAGUAUUAAAGUUCUGGACAAAGGGAACUUUGGGAAAAUAAAAAUUGCUUUGUCGAAGGAAAAAGAAAAAGAUAAAGAGAUGCAGAAAAAUGAGAGUUGGAUAUAUCAGGGAGUAACAGGAGAAGUUAUUUCUGAGAAGAAAACAAAGUACCUAGUUGAUCCUAGUCGUGUAGAAACUGGAGAUAUUCUAACAGUCAAGUUUGACAAUAAAGAUGGAGAAAAGGUUGUUUUGUAUAAAAAUGGAAAAGAAAUUGUAGAAACAAUUUUCACACCAGAUAAAGAUGACAACAAGAGUAUUGUCAAGUUAUACAUCUUUCUAUCAGAAGUGAAGGGCAAGGUUCAAUUGAUGAACUACAGGCCAAAGUACAGAGGACCUGUGCUUUUUCCAGAGUCAUUAACUGUAGGAAGAUUACACAAUAUGAAAGUAUUUGAUGAUGGGAAGCUUGUUACUCCAAUACCAAAAAAGAAGAAAGAUAUAUUUUAUGGAUGUUAUAUGGGUAAAUUUCCAAUGAAUUCACAGAGAUUGUCAUUUGAAGUGGAAAUUGCAGAAGAACUCAAUGAUCAGUUGGAUGCUGUUGCUGUGGGAUUUUGUCAUUCAGAAAUUCCCCAGAAAAUAGGGACUGCUGCACAAUACAAAGAUCCUCCAACACAUUUUGAAGUUUCAGGUGGUUGUGUUAUGUUCUCCUCUGGUGGAAAUGUGUUUGCUGAAUCAGUGGUCCAAAGUAGUUUUCGAGAGGAAGGGAAGUAUAAAAAAGGAGACAAGAUAAAAUGUGAAGUGGAAAAAGUCUCAUCAGCUGAGAAACUGUUGUUUGAAGAAGAUGGCUCAAUAUCACCACAACAAGAUGUCAAUAUUAAGUUCUUUGUAAAUGAUAAACUGACACAUCAGUACACCAUGACAAUGAGAUCAGAUGGCCUUUUUCCUACAGUAUUUACAAAUGGUAACAUAUCAAAAGAGGUAACACUCAGAGUUCUGAACUUUUACGCAGAAACAGAGGAAAACAGGAAGAAAGCCAACUUGAAGCAAAAUGACAAGAAAAAGAAGAAAAAGUCAGAGAAGGAAGAAGGUCAAAAGAAGGAGAAAGUUCCAUGUCCUAAUUUUAGAGAUUGUGAAUUUAUUGUUGUUGAAGUGGGCAAGACAGAGGGGAAAUUACAACUAAUUGAGGAACAGCUAAAAGGGGAUAAAUUCCAAAGUACAUUAGAAACGAUGGCCAAAUCUAUUGAAUAUUAUGAAAAGAGUUUUAAAGAUUUGGACCUACUUGACCAGAACAAAUAUGCUUCACUGUGCCAGGCAAAAGAGAAAAUUGAAGGCUUGGUAAAAAAUUUCAAUAGGAUUCACUACAUGUCCUUAGAUCUUACAACAGGAAAGGGAAUGGAUAAAGUACUGGAGAGAAUAACUGAUACUAUGGACUGUCGCAAACUACACCAGGAAGUAAAAUAUAACAUCCCAAAGAAAUGUCAAGGUCAUAUACAAACAAUCAUGAAGGAAUUGAAGAAGGAAGAGGUUAUAGAAUUUGGAACAGGGCUCACAAUGUAUGAAGAAAAAACAUUGAAAAUGGAAGGACAUGAAUUCUUACAGAUUGCUAGGUUACUACAUGAACAGGGAAAACUAGCAUUGGUACAGCUGGGUUCAAGGACAAUAGUGGCUGACAUUCAAUACCUUCAGUCUGUAUUAGAUAAGUUAGAAAGGAUGUCUGCCAUGCAGAAAUGUGGUAAACUGUCUACAGCAAUCAAUGAGUCAUCACAUGUCUGGACAAGUGAAACAGUCAAAUCUCAUUUCACAGCGGAAGAAGGAAAGAUUUCUCUUUUGAUGGAGAUUUUACAAGACUACUUUGGUUUGGUUGAGGUCCCAGUGUGGAGACAGGUUCCAGAGGAUACACAGUUCUUAUAUACAACACUAGAUUCCUUAUCUACAGCACCUAUACCUCUGAGAGAAUUUUGGGGUGAAGGAGAAAGAACAAAGAAUUUCAUUGCUAUGCAGAAAACAUUUAGCUUCAUCCAUUCAAUAUCUGAUCAUACAUUAGCUGCAGUCCUGUCGUCUGCUACCAAAUAUGGUCGAACAUUGCUGAUAACACCAGAAGGUGCUGUUUUCCAGAUAGGAUGUGUGCAGACUGUUAUUGCUAGCCACAAAGGACUGAUGGAAAAUUGUGUGAUAACAAUAGAAUCAAAGUGUUACUUACCAGACAUGAAGGUUGGACCGGUCGAUGAACUUACAGAGACAUAUGUCAGGGAAUAUACUUGGAACAUUUUUUGUUUGUACACAGACUUGUUGGAAAAAGUUCUGAAACAAAAAAAUAUAAUAUACCUUCAAACUGGAGAGGCACCUACAGAUCUAGCAAACUUAUCAGUGGGUUGUAAACACACAUGGAAGCAUAUUCCUGGUAAAGCUAACCAAUCUAUCUGUACUAUGUGUAACAAGUGUUGUGACCAGGGCAGGAAGUGUAAAUACAACAGAAUUAUGGGAAAUAAUUUAAGAGAAUGUCUGUGCAAGACUUCAUCUCCAGGAUGUGUAGAUUGCGGAAUAUGUAUUGAAUGUGCUGCUGAUUUAUGGAGUAUUAGAAGUUAUUUGAGACCCAUGCCUAUAACAGAAAAGAAUUCCAAAGUAGUGAAAACAGAGAAAGUUGAAGGGAAACUAUCAGAUACAACAGAGGAUAAAAAUGUUCAGAAGAAAGUUACACCAGAGGAAACAAACAAUGUCUUCUUACAGAUCCCACUGGAUCCUGUAGCUUUUAAUGAGCUUGAAUACCAGCACAUCUCUGGUGGCAGCCUUGGUGUUGUUCUGAAAGAGAUAGAUGAUGGUUCUUGUGUCAGCAUUUUUCCAGGGAAAGCUACAACUUUAUCAACUGAUACAGAUGAGCAAAAGAUAUCAGAUAGAAUUAAAGUUCUAAUGAAACAAGCUACAGAUAUUAAGUACAAAAGUCAAGUUGGAGAAAGUCUGAAACUGCGCAUCACUGAUCCCUUUAAAGUGAUCACCACAGGAGAAGACAAACUGGAAGUGUCAGGGAUACAAGAGUCAAGAGUUGUCUACCAUGCCAGUAUUUGUAGGGAGAUGAGUGUCAGUCAUGAGUCAGGAUUACUAUGUUACAACUCUGCAUCACAUUCUAUACCAGUGGCUCAAUUUAUUGGUCCAAAGCCUUUCUCUGAAAAUUUGAAGAAAAUCAGUCUGAAAAUAAUAGACUGUGGUGACAAGACUAAUAUAGGAAUCGGUAUCUGUCCAGGAAAGACUUACCCAGUCAACAGAAUGCCUGGGUGGAAUAGAUGGUCAAUAGCUUAUCAUGCUGAUGAUGGAGGAGUGUUUAUAGAAGCCGGUGCUGCUAAUUCCCAUGUUGUUAAAUGUACCAAAGGAGAUGUUAUGAGUAUGUUCUGUGAUGUUGUUUCUAGACAACUUGUCUUCUACAAGAAUGAUCAAGAGGUGAAACAAAUAAAGAUCAAUGUACCAAGAGGAGGAUACUGGCCAAUGAUUGGUUUGCAUUCUGUAGGAGAAUGUGUAAAACUGCUAGAGAAAGAUCCAUGGACCCCUGAUCCUGAUGAUAUACCACCUAAACCUGCAGCUUUCAACACUUAUAAAUAUGGAAACUUAUGGAUAAGCCCAGCGAGAAAUGUUAGUCUGACAAAGAAAGGUUAUACAAACAAUCACUGUGGCUGGAUGCUUCUUCACAAUCCUACUAAAGUACUCAUUGGAUAUAAGAUUACUCCAGAAUCAGUGGUCAAGAACCCAGUAGGAUCUAUCUCACCAAAUGAUGCUAAUACAUUGUUUUUAACUAAGACAUCUAUCAUAAAGGAGGAUGCUGUAACUAUUCAGUGGAUAGCUAUAGAGCAGGUUAAAGAAUACACAACAGACCAAAUACUACAGCUGUUUGAUGCUGCUAGUUCUAGUAGUACUUAUACACACAGGUUAGGAUUACUGAUAAAAGACACUGCUUUAGGGGAUGUAGAAACUUUGCCAAAAUUUCAAGAUUUAGGAUCAACAUCAGGGGAUGUUACUAAUCCAGUAAAACAAGAUGGUUAUAAGCUUGAAGUAUUUAAGAACUGUAUUUUGGUUGACUCCUACCUACUGAAGAGAGGAAGGUAUAUCCUAGAUUUGGUUGAUCUCGACAAAACAAAACCUGAUUACAUCAUUAAAAGACCAAAAUGUCCAUCUUUCCUAUAUCCACCAAAAUUGCAAAAAGGAAUGAAAGUUGUUGUCAAGCUGGAUAUUGACAGGUAAGGUAGUAGAUGUAUAAAGCUGUAAACAAUUUGUCUUAUUGCGCAUUCUCAAAUUACAUCCAACAUUUGUCCAGCACAAAAUACUAUUAUUAACUGGCGAAAUUUUAGUUCAAACAUUCUUGGCAUAGUAGUUAGCAUGUCUAGGACAGGAAUUCAUUCGUCUGUCGUAAAUAUGAUUUAUGAUGUGCAGUUAUAGGAAGUUAUGUAUGAAAUAUGCAUUUCAAUCUGUUCAACAUUUUUUGGUAUAAUUGUUGAUUUUUGCUGGGUUGGACAAAAAGGGGGGAUGUUCAGAAGGGCUGGGAAAAGUGGGCACCUAAUAUUUUCAGCAUAAUUUAUGAAAGAGGGUACCAGUUUUGUGUAAUCAAAUCCUUUUAUAGUUUUCAACUCAGAACCCUAAAACUUCACAGGAGGAUUGCACAUGUGUUGAAAUUGUGCACUUGCUUGUUUGGAAUUGUUUGAAGACUUUUUUCACAUUUUACCCCGACUUGGAACUUUUAUGUAAUUGUAACUCCGUUGUAAACAUUCUACAUUCAUAAGUCACAAAUAUUGCAACCCAGCCUUUUUAGACUUAACAAUUUUUUGAAACUAUUACCGGGUACAUUUAAGAGGAUGGUAUUUAUCUUUUAAAUGAUUGUUGAUAUUGAAGUGGAUUUUGUAAAGGGUUCUAAACUGGGUAAUAUAGUUGCUAACAUUUACAUCAUUAGGAAACUGGUGGAUAGUUGUCUCCAAUCAUACCACAUCAUAUUAUAUCAUACCACAUCAUAUUCUAUCAUACCACAUCAUAUUCUAUAUAACUGCAAUUUGAGGUCUCAAAUGGUUAUAAAUGAAAAAAAAACUAAACAUAAAUUUCAUGCUUCAUAUUUAUUUUAAAUAACUCCUUUAACAAGGCCAAGCUAGGUACAAGUCCCUGCCCAUUUUUAAGCUCAACUGGUUCAAAAUGGUCACACACACUAUUUACAUCACUUGGUAUCCAUUGUCCAUUGUAGUCAGUCAUCUUCGUCCCUUGGCUUUUACAAAAAACUUCUCCUUUGAAACUAUUGGGCCAAUUUGAACCAAACUUGGCCACGCACAUCAUUGGGUAUUUAUUUUAUAAAUUUGUCCAACAAUCCCACCUGCCAACAAACAUGGCUAAAUAUACAAAAUAUAGAACAUAGGGGUAAAAUAUAAGUUUUGUCUAUUAUCUUGAAAACUGCUAUAGAUCAAGAAAAUCUGACAGGACAGAAACGUUUAGAAUGCUGAAAUCUACCAACAGUCCAUUCACUUAAAAAACUAUCAGACAAAUUCUUAUAUGAGUUAUUGCCCUUAAAUGCUGAUUUUUAACCAAUUUAUUUUCAUUUUUAUAUGACUGCAAAAAUGGUUGUAUAAUGUAAUGACAUCAGAGUGUUGGUCAUUGGCAGACAUUUGGUUUCCAGACAAUAACUUGAGAAUAACUGUAUGGAUCUCUAUGAAAUUGAGGUUCUUUGAUAUGCUGAA